AUGCUGGGCUCUCUGCUGCUGCUGUGCGGCGCCUGCAGCCUGGCCCGGCUCUCCUGCGCUCUGGUCCAGGGGAACCUGCAGCUGGAGGACGGGCUGCGGCACCCCGAGCCCUUCCUGUCAGACCUGGGUCAGUACGGCCCGCCCCCCCCACGGCCAGAGCCCGGCCUCCUGCCUGCAGACGACAUGGAGGAGCACUUCCUGUUGGAGGCGGGGUCUUAUGAUGAGGACGUGGCCGAGGCCUUGCAGCUGCAGGGCCGGGCGAUGCGCUCUCCUCGCCGCUGCACGCCGCACCAGCAGUCGUGUCUGGGCCACGCGCUGCCCUGCUGCGACCCCUGUGACACCUGUUACUGCCGCUUCUUCAACGCCAUCUGCUACUGCCGCCGCGUCGGCCAGGCCUGCACACACCGCCGCACCUAG